GAGUUUUGAAAACUAAUUUACUUUUAAACAUGAUAGAAAACUGGAAAGGUUGUCAUGGAGAAAUCAAGAAAAUACUGUAGUGACAUCUAGUUUGAUUUCGGGAACUAAUGUCUUUUUUUAAAAUACUUUCUCAUUCAAAGAAACAAUUCAACCAAUGACGAGGCAGUACGAUCUAUGAUCUUAGCCUGUUCCGAAAAGAAACAAAAUAUAUAAAAAUAUAUAUAUAUAUAUAUAUAUGCAUCAUAUAUAUAUAUAUUUGAAUGUAAAUAAUUGAACGUCUUCGUUGAAAUACCCAUGUCGUCAAUUAAUAUCAAUAUCAGUGAUUAUCUAUUUCAAAAGUAUGUAUUACAACUUAAAAAGUAGAUUCCUGUUGACUAACAGAUUAAAUCGUCUAUUAUCUUCAUCAAGUAAACUUGUACUUGGUAUCGAAACUUCUUGUGAUGACACUGGAUGUGCCGUUGUCAGUGACGAAGGAAGAGUCUUGGGAGAAGCUUUGUAUUCACAAAAUAUUGUACAUAUACGGUACGGUGGUGUAAACCCUGUGAUUGCAUACGAACUACAUCGAAAAAACAUAGAAGCUGCUGCAAACGAUGCUUUACGUAAUGCUUGUGUAAAGAUCAACGAUAUUGACGCAAUAGCUGUUACUUCUAAGCCAGGCAUGCUAAUAAACCUACAAGUAGGAGUUAAAUUUGCAUCUUAUUUAUCAAAGAAGUAUAGAAAACCUCUUAUACCAAUUCAUCAUAUGGAAGCACAUGCUUUAGUAGUGAGAUUAUUUCAAAAUAUAGAAUUCCCUUUCCUAGUCCUAUUGAUUUCUGGAGGACAUUGUCUUUUAGCUUUGGCAAAUGAUGUCGAAGAUUUCUUAUUACUUGGCAGUUGUCUUGAUAAUCCACCAGGUGAGGUAAUGGAUAAAGCUGCUAGGAGAUUAAAGUUAAAAAACAUACCUGAAUAUGCACAGUUACCUGGGGGAAGAGCAAUUGAAUUAUCUGCCCAGAAGGCUAAGAAUCUUGAUGUAUAUAAAUUUACGCUGCCAUUAUUGAGAAGUAGAGACUGUAAUUUUAGUUUUAGUGGCUUAAAAGAUGCAUUCUUUAGAAAAAUUAUUAAAGCAGAAACAAAGCAUCAUACAAUGGGUGAUGAAAUAAUUCCUGAAAUAAAUGAUCUUUGUGCAUCAUUUCAGCUUGCAAUUGCUGAACAUUUAAUGCAUCGAACUGAACGAGCAUUGACAUUCUGUGAAAAACAGAAUUUGUUGCCUAAAAGUAAUAAGAAUAUUGUAAUAUCCGGAGGAGUUGCAUGUAAUGACUUCAUAUUUAAAUCAAUUCAGAUACUUGGUCAGAAGCUAGAUUGUAAUGUGUUUAGACCCCCUCCUAAAUUGUGUACAGAUAAUGGAGUAAUGAUAGCUUGGAAUGGCAUAGAGAAACUAAAAAAAAAUUGUCCAUUACAAAUAGGCUUUGAUCUUAAAAAUAUCAUGCCAGUAGCAGCCUUAGGUAAAAGUUUAAUAAAUGAUGUCAUAGAAACUAACAUACACGUCAAAGUAACAAGAUUAAUGAAAUUUAUUAAGUAAGGAAAGUGAUUCAUAAAUAAAAUUGAUAUUAUUAAUGUGUAUAAUGGUAACAAAAGUCAUAAUGAAGCCCAAAGGUACAUGUUGGGAUCAUCAAUACUGACAACAUUUGUUCUAGCAUAAUCUUGGGAUCCAAGGUUCAUGGAGAUAUUGGAUGUCAAAGUGAAAACAAAAACUCCACCUCUCUUUAAAAUGUUAUUAUGAAAUAUUUUUCCAAAGAAACAUAAUACAAAAAAACAAUAUUCUUUGAAUAAAGCCUCAAAAUCAUAACGCACAAUGUAUGUUGCGCACAGCUGUACCACUGUGCAUAGCACAUACUUUGCAAAGUGCAUAGCACAUACUUUGCAAAGUGCAUUUACUUACGAAAACUCGUAGGUAGUAUUAUCCUAUGAUCUCAGUUAAAUUCAUUAAAAAGUAAAUUUUGUCAUCCGAUCACGAUAAUGUAACAAAUUCAAUACUAAAUUGCAUAAAGGUACUUUUUGCUUAAUGAAGAUUUCAAACUGAAUGUUUUAAAGGUUUUUUUUGGUAGUUUAUUCCGAAAAAGUCUAACCACUACAAAGAAAAUUAUUAUAGCACCUAGACCCAAUCCUCUAUCUUUUAUCAAAGUUUCAGUCCUGA